CCCUUGCACACCUUCCAAUUUCCUCCACCCAUUUGCAUAUAUAAUGACCCAAGGAAGCCCGUGGAAAUUUAACAAGGUUGUGAUUGCGCCGCCACUUACACCGGCAGAGAGAGAAAGCUACGGCCUCCAUACAACUGACGUGUUGGAGCGAUUCGGGAUGUACGUGCACCUUCAAUCCGGCUUGAUUGUCGUCCACUGCUUGGGUAACAAGUCGUUUUCCAUCCGCUACAGCAGACAUGACUUGGGGCUUGUACUCCGUUUGGGGUUGUCGCUUUUUGCGCAUGACACAUCGAUUGAGGACCUAGAGAACGAGUGGGUGACCCUUUCUGGGCAGACUGGUGUGUUUUUUCCGUUGCAGGUUGAUCCUGCGGCGUUUAACGCUGAGCUUAAGUAUCCGUUGCCUUUGCUUGCGGUAAACAAGGGUGCUAUCGAUGCAGCUACGCGCGAGAGUUUUUCCAAAGACGCCGAGUUUUGGAAGGCGUUUGAUGAAGCACCAAAGAGUUUUGCUUUUCAGACGUUGUAUACAUUCUCUAGCAAUCCUAUUUCUAUUUUUGUACAGGAUGCCGGGACUGCUCCCGCCCCGACUCCUGCCCCUGCUCCUGUCCCUGCUCCAAAGCGCACGAUGAUGAUGGUCUUGGAGGAGCUCAGUGACGACGAAACGCGGUCCAAGCGCGAGAGAAAACCCUCCAGACGCUUCAACUCAGAAACUCCGACAUCCCCGGCCGAACCAAUCUCUGCGCGCGCCGCACGUGCGAAGCGCAAUGCCGAAGAAGAAUACGUACCUGACGUGUCCAAGGAGGCCAAGUUCAAGAGCUCGGCUACCGAAACCUUCCGCCCCAUCUACAAGGAGUCGCGUUCGGCGUUUGACAAAGCAUCCCUCAUGUUUUCCUGGCGCUCGUUCCCGAACACGUCUUUCCCCGCGGAAUUGGUCCGACGCACGUACAACCAGCUUCUCAGAGACGUCAAUGUGAUUCUUGAGAUUUCGUUUCCAAAGUUGUACAACCAUAAGUACAUGCCCGACUACGAGCGGAUGUUUGCGCCAGAGUCCAUGUCGUACUAUCAGGAUAACGCGGCGCGCAUCAACAAAGACAAGUACGACUUGCUUUCGGCGAAUGCGGACCUAACUGGAAUCAACAGCAUCCGCGAGGGCUCUGAGCUGUUUGCGGUCGAGAUACAUAAUAUUCUAGCCACGCGCAUCUUUCUCCUUAUGUCGUUUGGGGGCUUCUUUGCGCCGUCGGCUAAAGAGCUUGACACCAUGAACUGGGAGUAUGCCACGUCGCAGCACUAUGUGGCCGAUACUCUCGUGAUUACCGGUCCCGUGGGCAGUAACUGCGUGGGGGUGGUUCCUGAAAAGGCAAAGAAUGCGGUGCUUUUCUGGCUCUUUGUGAUCAAGCCAGCUGUCUUGCACCACUAUACGGCGCGUGAGCAGCUGGCGGAGGUGGCCAUCUACCGCAACCACUUUUUCGCGCGCGACAACGAAUGGAAGCGCAACUUGUUCUUGUACCACUGCCUGACGGUCUUGCGGCGCUACCACAAGUGGAAACUUCUGAAUAUCGAGAACCUUUCGCUCAGCUUCGCCAACUUGCUUGUGCUGAACAUUGCCGAUGCGUUUUUACCGGCAACGGGCGAGGUUGUGCUUCCCGAGCCGUUUGCGCUGACGAUUCCCGGCGCCGCCGAGCUCAUUGUCCGUCUGAGGCACUUGCAGCUGAUCUGGGAGUCUGAGGCGCCGCUUCAAAGCUUUGUGAGCGACGAUGUGCAGUCGACAGAUGAGGAUGAAGUGGAGAUAGAGGCGAAGGAAAAAAUAAAGGAGGAGGUGAAGGAAAAAAUAAAGGGAGAGGCAAAGGAGGCAAAGGAGGAGGGUGAGGAAAAGAAAGGGAAGGGAGAAACAAAGGAAACAGAAGAGGAGGCCGAGGCAAAUGAAACAAAAGAGGAGGCUAAGGCAAAGGAGGGGGCUGAAGCAAAGGAGGGGUCUGAGUCAAGGGAAGAGGUGAAGGAGGAGGUGGAGGAGGUGAAGGAGGAGGCGAAGGAAGAGGUAAACGUUGUCACGGAAAUGAAGAAAGAGGGUAUUUAGGAUUAUGCCUGAGAUUUCAGGUGCUUUUUGAUAAGCAACAAGUUAUAGGGCGAUCACUGGGAAUCACCUUAAUCAUACGACAAAUGUUCCUGUACGAAGUUUUCGGAAACAGCCUGAUCAAUGCGAAUUUAAGCAUUUUGUUAGACAAGGAUGUCAAAUAGAUUCUCAACGAACUUUUAUCGAUCUUAUAAUACUGUACGUAAAACGCAAGAGUCAUAUGAGCCUCGCA